AUGACUUCAACACAGGAGGACCAACAUGGAGCGAGAAGUCAGCGCUCUCAGGAGGCCGACAAACCUCACAGAAGAAAGGGACGGAAAAGAUACAGCUGUGAUGUGUGUGGGAAGGAGUUUACUCACAGUAGCAACUUAGGACAUCAUCAAGUUACCCACUCUGGAGUUAAGGCGUACAGCUGUGAUGAGUGUGGAAAGUCUUUUACCCAGGCUGGAAGCUUAAAAACACACAAACUCAUCCACAGUGGAGUUAAACCGUACAGCUGCGAUCAGUGUGGUAAAGCUUUUGCUCGCAGUAGUACCUUACAACGUCAUCAAGUUACCCACUCUGGAGUUAAGGCGUACAGCUGUGAUGAGUGUGGAAAGUCUUUCACCCUGGCUGCAAGCUUAAAAACACACAAACUCAUCCACAGUGGAGUUAAACCGUACAGCUGUGAUCAGUGUGGUAAAGCUUUUGCUCACAGCAGCGGCUUAAGAGGUCAUAAAGUUACCCACUCUGGAAUUAAGGCAUACAGCUGUGAUCAGUGCGGUAAAGCUUUUGCUCACAGCAGCGGCUUAAGAGGUCAUAAAGUUACCCACUCUGGAAUUAAGGCGUACAGCUGUGAUCAGUGCGGUAAAGCUUUUGCUCACAGCAGCAGCUUAAGGAGUCAUCUAGUUACCCACUCUGGAAUUAAGGCGUACAGCUGCGACUUUUGUGGAAAAACCUUUCGUCGGCUACUCAGCCGUAAUAUUCACCAACGCAUUCACACCAAAAAUGAUUUUUGCUUCUGUGAUCAGUGUGGCAAAACCUUUGUGGCAUACGACCAUUUACAGCGGCACAUGUUUACCCACACUGAGGAGAGACCUUAUAAAUGUGACCAGUGUGAGAAGACUUUUAAAGCUCCACGUUACCUGAGAGUCCACAAACAGAUUCACACCAGAAAGAAACUCUACAAGUGCACUUACUGUGAGAAGCAGAGUGACACAGAUGGAUCCAGUUCUCAACCCUGUCACCGCUGUGGUGGUGGGAAAGAGUUUCGCUGUGACCUUUGUGGAAAAACGUUCAUUCAUCAGCGAAGCCUAGAACUACAUCAACGCAGACACACUGGAGAAAAAAUGAACUACUGCAGAGAAUGUGGGAGAGGAUUCCCCACAUCAAGUGAAUUAAAAAAACACAAACUCUGCCACAGUGGGGUUAAAAACCACGUCUGUGACCAGUGUGGGUCAUCUUUCUUCACUGCAGGUCAUCUUACAUUACACAAACAAGACCACACAGGAGAGAAACCAUAUAAGUGCAGACACUGUGACAAAUGCUUCUCACAUUCAAGUCGUUGUAAUGAUCAUGAAGAUGCACACAUUGAAGGGAACUUCAGCUGUGACCAGUGUGACAAGAGCUUCAAGAAUCUCAGUUCAUACUCCGCACACAAACGAUCCCACGCUGUAUAUAAACUGUUUCACUGUUACCUAUGUGCAAAGACAUUCACUUCAUUAUCUGCUCUGAGCAAACAUCAGCGUGAUCAUGCAUGACUGAAAUCGCUGGAUCACAAUGAAUCUGACGAGACAGAAAGAUCCUCUUCUGGUUUCAGGGUCAGACUUAAACACCUUGAGAUCAGGCUCCACAGAGUUCAGGUGGAGUCUCCUGUAGAGAGUGUCAGCUGAUGUCACACUUGGAUCUGAUGAGGUAGCUCUGAUUUCUGGACCUGCAGUGAAUAAUCCUGGAUGUUAAACUAGGGAAGUUGCAAGUAUAGAUGUGCACAUCAAGUGUUUUCUUUUUUCUUUGAGAGAUUUUCAUUCUGUAAAAGAAACUUUAAUGUUGAAAAUGUUUGUCCUAUAGAAAAUAAGAGAGGAGAGUUGUUGAUUCUUGUUUAACUCUUAUCUGAAUAGCACUUACCUGAGUGCCUUGCCACCUGUUAGCCUACUUCCUAGGCCUUAUUCCUUGAAGAAAAGACUUCUCUGAAGAAGCACUUAUACCUGAGUUAAGUCAUUGUUUAAUCACUCACCUUCACACGUUCUUUAUUGUCAGAUGUCUGCAUAUUGCUGAUUAAACCUACUAAACAUUUUGAA